AAUUUGAGUGUUUUUCAUCAUCGAUAAUGGCAAGAUCACCGACUGAAAGUAUCGAUAUUGAGUUAUUUCAAGAUGAUUUCAAAAACAUCGAUCAAGAAUUUCUCCAAUCAGUCAUUUCGAUUUUUAGCUUUUUUCCUUUAAUAUUCUAUAAAAUUCAAUUUUUAUUGAUGACUAAAGACGCUACAUAUGCCUAUGGUAAAGAAAUAUGCUCAUGGUUAUCUUUGGAAGAUGAUAUGGAAGCUGAUAGUAUAUGGGAGAUGAUAAAUCAUAUGAUCAAACCACAACGGAUAUCUUGUCUUGAUGAUAUGAAAAUUGUUCAAGUAGAUUAUGGCCGUGAUUUUGUUGCCAUUCUCACUGAUGAUGGACGAGUGUAUCUUGCAAGUGAUGAUUCUAAUUGGAAGACGAAUAAAACAUUGCGAUUGAUUUCCAACGAUAAUCAUCGUUUCAAGAUGAUUGCUUGUGGACAGUAUCAUGUAUUAAUGCUACGAAAAGAUGGUCAUGUUUUCGCUAUGGGUUGUAAUAGUUGUGGUCAAAUAACUGGUAAUGAAAAAUCAUCAUAUGAAAGUAUGGUCCACAUUGAUAAGCUAGAGAAUGUCAAGCUCAUAGUUUGUGGAAUGAGUCAUAAUUUUUCAUUAACUAAUAAUGGAGAAAUUUAUUCCUGGGGCAGUAAUCAUUGUGGUCAAUUAGGUCUUGGUGAUAACGAAGACCGAGACACCCCAUGUCUUGUUGCAUUUUCAAAUGAUGAUUUGAUCAAUAUCCGAAUCAAAGAUAUUGUGGCUGGCCGAAUAUUUUCACUAUUUUUAUUUGAAAAUGGUCAGCUUUGGGGUUGUGGUUCUAAUAACAAUGGUGAACUUGGUUUCGAUUAUGAUUAUCAACGAUCAAAGUUAACAAAAAUACCUAUUGAAAAUGUAAAACAAAUUGUAUGUUCAAAAGAACAUAACUUUUCAAUUGCACAUGAUGGAUCAUCGUACUAUGCAUGGGGCAGAGCCGAAUGUGCCGAAAAGUUAUAUUUGAAAACGUCACCUGAAAAAUUGAAUGGUCAUCCGACAUCAAUUGUAGCUGCAUCGGCAAUGAUUCUAUCAUCAAAAAUAACAUUUGGUCUCAAAUCAACAAUCUAUGUAUUCGGGUCACAUGAUUCAAUCUCGUACCAAUGCAAAUCAGUCAAUCAAUUAUUCGAUAAUCAAGAUAGUUAUGAUGUGGAAUUUUCAAUUGACAAAAAACAUAUCAAGGCAUGCAAAUGUUAUCUCAAAUCGGUAUCGGAAUAUUAUCGUUUAAUGUUUUCCGGUAAUUGGAGUGAAAACGACCAAGUAAUCAUCAACGAUUAUUCGUAUGAAACAUACUAUGCCUACUUGCUUAUGUUACAUACUGGCGAAAUUCAGAUUAAUCGUCAAAACAUAACCGAGCUUGUUGAUCUGGCCAAUUGUUAUGAUGAUGAAACUUUGAUGAAAUGUUGUGAAAAAUUCAUAUGGAAUGAUCGGAAUGAACAAACUAUUCCCACAUAUCUUUCAUUAAUUAACAAAUACGAAAUGAAAGUAUUGCAUAAUAAACUCAGAAAUAUGAAAAGAUCACCGAAUGAAAAUAUCGAUAUUGAGUUUUUUAAAAAUGAUUUCAAAAACAUCAAUCAAGAAUUUCUCCAAUCUGUCGUUUCGAUUUUUAGCUUUUUUACUUUCAAAAAUAAUAAGGCCAAAAAACAAUUUUUAUUGAUGACCAAAGAAGCUACAUAUGCAUAUGGUAAAAGAAUAUGCUCAUGGUUAUUGGAGGAUUAUAUGGACAAACCAGAACGGAUAUCACGUUUAAAUGGUGAUAAAAUUGUUCAAGCAGUUUAUGGCCAUGAUUUUGUUGCCCUUCUAACUUAUGAUGGACGAGUGUAUCUUGCAAGCGAUGAUAGUGAAUGGGAGACGGAUUACAUUCGCCAAUAUGGCGUUAAUCACAAACUUAAAACUUAUUGGAAUACAAAUAAAAAAUUACGAUUGAUUUCCAACGAUAAUGAUCGUUUCAAGAUGAUUGCUUGUGGACACUACCAUUUAGUAUUGCUACGACAAGAUGGUCAUGUUUUCGCUAUGGGCUAUAAUGGUUAUAAUCAAAUACUGGCUACUGAAAGAUUAUCAUACAAAAGUAUGAUCCACAUCUAUAAGCUAGAGAAUGUCAAGCUCAUAGCUUGUGGAAGGAGACAUAGUGUAUCAAUAACUAAUAAUGGUGAAAUUUAUACCUGGGGCUGUAAUGAUGAUGGUCGAUUAGGUCUUGGUGAUGAAAAAAAAAGAAACACCAUAUGUCUUGUUCCAUUUCCAAAUGAUGAUUUGAUCAAUAUCCGAAUCAAAGAUAUUGCGGCUGGCGACCGACAUUCAUUAGUUUUAUUCGAAAAUGGCCAGCUUUGGGGAUUUGGUUCUAAUAGAAAUGGUGAACUUGGUCUUGGUGAUGAUAUUAAACUAUCAAAUUUGACAAAAAUACCGAUUGAAAAUGUACAACAAAUCGCAUGUUCAUUAUUCCAUUUUUUUCAUUGGCAUAUGAUGGAUCAUCGUAUUAUGCAUGGGGAAACACUAAAUAUGGCAAAUGGUCAUCACCUAGAAAAUUGGAUAAUUCGCACUCAUCAUUUGCUUCUGCGUCGACAAUGAUUCUAUCAUCACCACUCACAUUUGGUCUCACAUCAACAAUCGAUGAAUUUGAAUCACAUGAUCCAAUAUCGUACCAAUGCAAAUCAAUCAUCCAAUUAUUCGAUAAUCAAGAUAGUUAUGAUGUGGAAUUUUUGAUUGAUAAAAAACGUAUCAAGGCAUGUAAAUGUUAUCUCAAAUCUGUAUCGGAAUAUUAUCGUCGAAUGUUUUCCGGUAAUUGGAUUAAAAAGGAUCAAGUACCCAUCCAGAAUUAUUCGUAUGAAACAUACUAUGCAUAUGUACAUAUGUUACAUACUGGUAAAAUUCAUAUUAAUCAUCAAAACAUAACCGAACUUGUUGAUUUGGCCAAUUGUUAUAGUGAUGAUAGGUUGAUGGAAUAUUGUGAAACAUUCAUACGGAAUGAUUUGGACGAACAAACUAUGCCAACAUAUCUUCCAUUAAUUGAAAAAUACGAAAUGAAGGAAUUGUGUGUCAAACUUGCUCAUCUUGACCAAAAUCUUCGAUAACCUCUGGAAAACGUAGAAAAUUUUUUUAAACUUUCAUGAUUAUAG